AAUUUGCACUUUGCUCCCCGUUGUGGGUUUUAGUUUUUGACUUGUGGCCCACCGAGUCACCAUAAAGUUUACCACGAUUAUCCGAAGUUUGCCAGGUGUGCAAGACAUCUCUUUGCCAUUGCCCCACCCACCCCUAAUUGGUAUCAUGCUGAUGGGAACUAUCUUGCAGUUUGUUGUCUUUCUCUACGUUAACACGGUAGCUGAUGGAGCUCCUAUUGACCCAACGUGUCCUGGAAAGAUCCCUCGGUUUUUUAUGAUACAACAUGCAAGUAUUGUCCUUCAUGCAAACUUGGUUAUGGUCUAUCUGAGCUGUGUGGAAAUGGUCAAGGCGCCAAUGCAGUUUGCCAACAAUGUCCAACGGGGUAUUUCUCGGACAGCAACUCUGUGGAGAUGUGUCAACCGUGCAAAUCCUGCCCGACCGACAUGAUGGAAGCUGCGCCUUGUGAUUCCACGUCUAACCGUAAAUGUGUACCGUGCAAGUGUGGUUUUGUCGAGGGUCAAUGUAGAAGCUGUGAGGAUGUCGACAAACCUGACGAUGAGCCUGAGGAUGUCGACAAACCUGACGAUGAGCCUGAGGAUGUCGACAAACCUGACGAUGAGCCUGAUGAUGUCGACAAACCUGAUGACACCAUUGACGAGAAUGGGUCUGAAUUCCCUCAUGGACCUGGUGCCAUUGCUUUGUAUGUGGCCAUCCCCCUGGUCUUACUGCUUGUAUUAUUGGCUGUACUUUACUUCAAAAAAGAAAUCUGGGGAUUCGCAAAAAGGACGGCUCUCUCUUCGGACCAUCGAGAUGAAAGAAAUCAACAUUCAAAUUCAGACAACCCGGAAGGACAACACUUUGUCGUAGGAGAUCAAAAUGGUGUAGAAAUAAAGACUCAUGCCGAAGCCAACAUUAUUCACAAAGAAGAGGUGCAGAUGCUGAAUGCUGUGCCUUAUCGUCGUAGUGACUGUUCGGUCUUGGAAUCACAGUCUGACGGUUUUAAUCUCGGGUCUCCUACUUCCUCUACUGGCACUCAAACCUCAUCUUUCCGGUAUAGUGAUGUGUCCGGUCUUGAAAAUCGAUCGUGGGAAUUUGAAGAAAAGCUGCGGAAAGCUAUUGAGAAGACCAAAGAUACAUCUCUGGGCGACAUGAAGCAGGCAGAUUUGAACAUCCUUGAGCGAUACUUACAAGCAAAAGGCGUUGUAGCAAAAUAUCACUCCACAUCCGAGCCUAACUACUUGACCAUAGCCAACAUGUACGAAAUUGACAUAUACACACAAAGAGGAUUCGAAUCCGUCACUGACGUCAUCAGCCACAUCGCCAAUACAGACAGAACGCAUCCGACUGUAGCCGAUUUCUUGAAGAAAGUUUACGACAGCGACCAGUGUUUUCAAUCUCUGGUAAAGCUAGUUGAGCAAAUUCUUGAUCGGACAGUAGAGCACGGACAAGAGACACAGACACAGGCUAGUCAGAGUGGUGAAUUAUGGGUUUGACUGGGGAAUACAUUAUGUGUCCUUAAAGGCAGUGGACACUAUUGGUAAUUUCUCAAAAAAAUUAUUAGCAUAAAACC